GAGGAAUGUAGUAACACUGAGAUCUCCACAAUUGUCAGGAUGCGCGCACAUUUAUAAAUAAAUAAAUCCGCUGUCUCUCUGGCUCGCGUUCGCGCGCAUCAGCGCUGGAGCUGACCAUGGUGCUGAUCGCCGCACGCUCGCUCAAGAUCAACACUGACAUGCACGAGCGUCAGGACCUGAACACCUCCGACACUGAGACUGAACUUGACGCUCCCUCACAACCUUCAGUUUCGGAGGAAAGCCUGAAAUAAUCGAGCAGGAAUCUGAAGUGAGACGGAAGGAUUUUGGAAGUCGAAGAAUAGUCAAUAUUAUACCUGAUGCUGUCAUGGACGUUCCGGCACGUGUUUUAAUAGGAUUUGCGAACAUGAUGUCCAUCAUGAGAUUUUUACUGUAUUUCAUUUAAGAUGUGUUUAUUUGGAUGAAUUUAUAUUCAUAAUGUUGCUAUAAACAAACCCGUUUAGAAGCAAAAGAAGAUAACUAUAUCUAUUUGGAUUCUUGGACAUUUGAAGUGGAGAUAUGGCUCGCGUUCUUGUCCUUGUUAACUCAGUCGGACUGUUGCUCUUCGGUAGUGAAAUGUUUCUGGUGGGAGCAAACCGUCCACCUGCUCCAGUUAAUGUUUCAGUUAUGCACCUGAGAGCUGAUUCAGCAACCGUGUCCUGGGAGGUGCCUGAGGGUGACAUCAUCAUCGGUUUUUCCAUCUCUCAACAGAGAAUGGAUGGCAAAAUGCAGAGGUUUAUCAGGGAGGUGAACACCACAAGCAGAUCAUGUGUGCUGUGGGACCUGGAGGAGGAGACGAAUUAUAUUAUCCAGGUGCAGUCCAUCGGCCUGUACGGAGAGAGUCAGGCCAGCAAACGUGUCCCCUUCAGAACCCUGAAGAAAACGGACCGCUUCCCCUCAAACAGUUCAAACCAAGAUGACCCGACUGUCCAAGGCCUGGAUAAAGCUCGACACCUGCAGACAGGAGAGAUGAUCAUCAUUGUGGUGGUGCUUCUUAUGUGGGCAGCUGUAAUUGCCUUGUUUUGCCGGCAGUAUGACAUAAUAAAGGACAAUGAUUCCAGCAACAGCAAAGAGAAGGUAAAACCAUCCUCAGAGAGAACCACACCAGAGCACCACAGCGGAGGAUUGCUGCGGAGCAAGUUCCACCACUCUGUGUCAUCUAUCAACAUCAUUGAGGUGUGAUGGGAGUAUCGUGGAUGUCAGUCACGCUCUCCGCCGCACCACCCGCAGAAUCUGAAUGACAGUAUGUCGACCCUUUCAUCAACAAACGGUCAAAAAUUCAUCAGCUACGCCGCAGUAUUGGCCCACCCAUAUACACAUAUUAAAGCAAUCUACUGGGACUGUAAAUAACAUAUAUUGUGUAUAUGACUGGAUGUCUAUAUUUUAUGAUGGACAGAGAAUUCCCAAAACUCUUACUGCAAUAUAACAAGACUAAUUCUGGGAUUUUUUCUCUUGUAUAGGAAGGAAAUUGUAUUUUUGUAAUGGCAUUGGUGAAGUAUGACAGGGUUUCUACUAUUUAAUUAGCUUGUGUUUUGUUUAUGCAUGCAACUUUCAUCGUCUGAUAGGAUGUGUACAGAAGCAGGUCUUUAAAUUAAAGCAAUAGUUCACCCAAAAAUUUAUCCAAGGCCUUGUAAGAUGCAGAUGAGUUUGUUUCUACAUCAGAACAAGUUUGAAAAAAUUCAACAUUACAUCUCUUGCUCAACUAUGGAUCCUCUGCAGUGAAUGGGUGCCAUCAGAAUGAGUCCAAACAGCUGAUAAAAACAUCACAAUAAUCUACAAGUAAUUCAGACAACUCCAAUCCAUCAAUUAAUGUCUUGUCAAGUGUAUUUGUAUGAAACAAAUCCAUAAUUAAGUCUUUUUUUAAAAUAAGAGUUCUCUAUCCAUGAUAUUCCUUUUUCCAGUGAAAAGUUAUCUCAUUUAAAUCAGGAGAGUAAUUUGUACAGAUCAAGCAACAUUUACAGGCAUAAAUAGUCUAAAACAGAUCUAAACAAAAGUAUCAGUGGAUGUUGAUGUAAGAGGACAACAGGGGAUGGGCUUCUUUCCUGGAUAAAGCGUUAUAUGUAUUAUGGACUCAUAUUAUGGCCUGAAGUGACAGUUUAAAAUUAAAACAUCUUGAAUUUGUCUUACAAACAUGCAGUUUUUCACUUCACAAGACAUUAAUUGAUGGACUGGAGUGGUGUGGAUUACUUGUGGAUUAUUGUUUGUGAUGUUUUUAUUAGCUGUUUGGACUCUCAUUCUGACGGCACCCAUUCACUGCACAGGAUCCACUGGUGAGCAACUAAUGUAAUGCGACAUCUCUCAAAAACUGUUCAGAUAAAAACUCAUCUUGGAUGGAAUGAAGCUCAGUACAUUUUCAGCAAAUAUUCAAUUUUUCGGGUGAACUUUUCCUUUAAGUCUGUGCUCUUAUUCUCAUUAGUUGGUAAAUGUGGUGGAAUCGUGUCUGUUCUUCUUAUUAGAGAGUAAUACUAGUGCUAAUCUCUCUACUUGCAAAUAGUUUCAUCUCUUCACCUUCCUUAACAGUUUUUAUGUAUCCUAAAUAUGGCUAUAGUAAUGUUUAUUUGCUUAUUUACCCAGUUUUAAUCUUAACACCUGCCAGAACGAAUAAUGUACCUAAAUGCUAAUCUCACUGUGUAAAUAAUGAAUAUUAAAUUAUUGGUUGUUUUAAGAAUAUAAAGAUGCCAUAAACCUAAUGAUGAAAAAAGCAUGGUUCUUCUUUUAAAUGAGUUGAUUUUAUCUUCUAUUUCUCUGUAUCAGUUUUAAUAAAGAUAUGAAUUACUUGAUGCAA